UUCCAAACCUUCAUAUACCUGACUGACAUCAUGACUGAUGUCGUGUCGAGCCUUUAUUCGCCUCAGGUGCAGUGUCUAUCCCAAGAAAGGAUUCUCGAGAUCGGUCGAGACUUGCAGGAAAGGCUCGAGACCUGGAUGUCGAAUCUACCCGACCAUCUGCGAUGGGAACCUUCCCAGGGGAAUGCACCGCCAGCACAUCGCUUCAAUCCGCCGUCUGUGGUCCCUUUCGAUUUGAACUUGUCUCAAGAUCAAACGCCAAAUUCCCUGACUAACACACAGUUCUUUGUUAUAGGAUGACCUUCCAUAUGCUACUUAUCCUCCUGCACCGACCCUUCCUGCCAGAAGGCCACCUCCGACAUCUCGGAGGUGCAAAUGAAAACAUGCAUCGUGAGAUCUGCCUCUCCUCAGCAUUUCAAAUAUACGAGCUAGCCAAACUUUAUCGAGACACCUUCACCCUCCGCAAAGCCACCUACAUGUUCUCCUACUGCCUCUUCUGCGCGGCCUCAAUAAUGCCCUUUGGGCCGUCGGGAUCAGUCGACCAUUCACAACGACACAUUGCCGGUUGGUUCUGGAUUGCACUUAAAGAGUUACAGAAGGGGGCCAAUUUUGGUUUGCGAAGGCCAAUCAUGAUCAUCCGGUCCCUCAUCGAGCAUGCCGGACUGGAUCUAAAUAGUAUUCUUGCACAGGCGGGGUCAACAUCUGCAUCUGCGCUGGAAACUGGGACGCCUAGUACCCGUACUAAUGGAGGUCAUCAUAGCCACUUUCUCGGUGCGAUUGAUGCGAGUGGCGCAUCGCUUUCUCAGGGUUCGAACCUAGAUACGCAGGUACCUGAGCUAGACGACAGCGAUUUUGAGCGGCUGUGUCGAGACCUUUUGUCGGGUGAUAUUGAUGGGUUGGCGGCUCCGCAUGGGAUUGAUGAUGAUGACAAUUCAUUGCUUUAUGGCUUGUUUAGGCAGACAUAG